UCGGGACGAUUUCCAAAGUAAUCUUAAAAUGUCGAAAAUCUCCUGUCUCCUCUUCCUUCUGAACGUUUUUUCAUGCUAUUCCCAACAAGGCACUAUAUUGACUAAAGUAGCAGAUCGUUUUCGUAGACAUCACAAUCGGUAUCUUGACAGCUUCUCUGACCCAAGAUGCGACUGUCAAAUUCCGACGAACCAGCAUGAAUCCGACGCCAUCCAACCGUUGUUCAAGAAACAACCUAUCUGGCAGAACAUUUCUUUCAAUCUUCAGUUUAUCUAUCCAGCUGCAAACGAAAACAAUCUGACAAGCCCGACGAUACGAGCUUCGAUAGUUCAACUCGUUUGCGGAAACGACGGUAACAAUCUUGCUUUCAACUCGCUGCCACUUACCUUCAUAUCCUCGGCCAUAGUGAGGUGUGCCCUUCUUGAUAAUGGCACCUGUACCAACCGGCUUUUUACGCCCUCGAACCACUACCUACUGGAUUUCAAGUCGUUUUCGGAGAUCACCUGUACCGAUAAGCAAGUCCCAGAGGUCCACAUACCAAUCUUGCCAUUGCCCUAUUACUCGUGUAAACUUAUUAACAUAACCUGCCUCGAGAUCGGUUUUACGGUGCCAUGGCACAUAAGUCCUUUAGGCUUUUUACCAGUCUUAAAGUCCAUAGCAUUUGACGGUGCAAAGCUGCAGCCAAUCGUGGCGCAUAUUUUUAUGCCAUCUUCGAUACUGCAUGGACAGAGGGAUGAUGGCAAUCACACGUUUAGAAGAGGUUCGGUGUUCAGUAGUACGAGAAUCGAUUUGAAAGAAGUGUACCAAAGAGAUUAUCAGAGAAAGAGACUAUUUGAUAUUCUCGGAAACCAAAAGCUCGUCGAUGAAUACGUUCCAGAGACAGGUGACAGUUAUCUAACCGAAGGUCAGCUGAUCUCCGAGCAAGAUCUCUUCUACAAGGUUCAGAAGCCCUCGGCUUUUUUUUACGAAAACACCGUACCGAUCUGGCGAAGUAUAGCGACCGGUAACUGGGAACUCUCAGGAAAAUUUCUGCGUAACUUGGCAUUGGACACUGGAAUUGGAUUUCUUUACUAUUCGGGUGUGAUAGACACACUCGAGUUACUGGAUCAAGAGGGAAAUAAAAAGCCAAUUUUUUUGGCUCAGAAACAAGAUGGUACGUACACAAAUUGUAGAUAGCAAGCCUUGUUUAUUACGAUCGCUACUGCUUCACAGGCAAUCCAGUGAUUCCAGUGCCAAAACUACUGUUCAAAUACGUCGUGGGUAAGAGAUUUAGAGAAAAUAUUCUACGCGCUCUCGUCGUGAUUACCGUGAAUGAUCCACGAAUUAGCA